GCAACGUUGUAAAUUUGGCCAUCUUUGUUUUAUCUUCGUUCUUGAGUCUAAGAAGUCUCUUUUCAUGAGGUUUUCAUGGAAUUAUUUUUACCGUUAAGUGCUAAGUUGUUGUAAAAUAAACAUGGCUUCACGCACGCAAACACAGACGCUGCGUAGACAGCCAGUGGAUCCGUCACGAACUUAUGAUUAUUUAUACGAUCCAGUUCAUCAUGUUGCCAGUGAAAGAGAUCAUGCCAGGGCUACAUUUAAAGCUCAUACCAGCUCGGAUAGAGUUAAACGAGUCCCAAACUAUAAGACUAUGUUCAGUGAACUGCGUCAUCACCCCAGAUUUCAGAUGCGACUGGAGGUCACAGAUCCAGUACCUAAAUUUAUCUCUAGACAUUGGAGAGGUUACGCUGAUCAACAACGUGAAUCUAUGUUACGCUAUAAAACGUUUAAUUAUGAUCCUGCCGUCGUUAUACCAGAUAAAACGUUUGGGAAUGCUGAAGUGACGGGUAGAAAUCGAUAUAAAUAUGCUAAAAGACCCAUGAUACCAUUCCUGCAACAAGUUCCACCGGAAGUUUUAUUGGCUACGGCAAGACAGGAUCCACUCUCAACACAAGAACAACCCCAUGUCGAACGACCUCCAACCCCACCAACUAAAACCAUUGAAACUCAAACAGAUUAUCGUGAUUCGGAGGCUCAGACUGAUCCGUAUACACCAGAAUAUGUCGUACAACCUGGCACAGCACCAGAACUCUUAACAUUAGCUACAUUAUCAUAUGGUCGAGGGUUACCAGCUGGUCUGGCCGAGGUAGAGAUGAUCGAGAGAGCGCGAGCUAAAAGAGCAUGGGAGGCGACUCUACCACCAUUGAAUGACAUGUCGCAACUGGAUAAAAGACGUAAAAUGAUGGAUGAAAUGGAACGUAAAGAAUGGGCACUACGGGAACAGGAAAUAGAAAAGUUACAAGAAGCUAGAUUAGAAGUUUUAAAGAAUUUAUUAAAACAACGAGAGGAGAAUCAUCAGGAUUUAAAUGUAAAGAGAUUAGAUAAAUUAUGGUCCAAAAAACAAAAAGUUAAAGAAUCAAGAAUAAGAAAAAUUCGAAAUGAACAUAUCAAAACAAUUAGAAAAUUAACACAGAAAAGAAGAAAUGUGGAGGGCAAGUUGGAGAGACGUAAGAUAAUUAAUGAUUUCACGGAGCCUGGCAGUCAGACGUACGCCCCUCUCACAAGAAUUGGUGUAUUUUUAGAUCGAGGUUCAGAACAAUAUGUAGUUAAAUCUCGCCAUUUAGCCACUUAUCAAGGUUUGUUGGAACUGGAAGCCUCAUUACCAGAUUUUGUGACAGCACCAAGAAUUAAAGCACCGAAACCGAAAACGGUAACAAAAGCUGGAUUCAUAAAACGUAAAUAUCGUCAGGAGAGAGAACUAAUAGAGCUGCACGAGGCGUUAAAAGAAGCUAAGAAUAAAGGUGUUGAAGAACAGAAACCGUUACGAUUCUUACAGAAGAUUGAAAAACCUGUUCCACGUCCUCCAACUCCAUCUGUAGACAUUCCAUCAGAGGCUGAAGAAGAAAGAGAAUUAGCUACCAUAUUCUUACAGCAGGUGAUCAGAGGUCGAGCUAUACAAAAUAUGAUGUUUGAAGGUAAAGAGAAGAGAAUCGAGUUAAUUAAUGAAUUAAGAAGUACCCACGCUCUACAAGAGGCUGAACAGAUCGAGAAGAAACAAGAAAUGACCACAACCCUGGCUCUACAACGACAGAGGAGAUUACAUGAACAUAAGGAAUCUCUGGUUGAUGAGAGUCUAGCCAAUGUUGAAGGAUCCAGUGUCGGUCAUAUGUUAGAUUUCCUCAGUAAGGAGUUGGUCCGUCUACAGGAGGAGAGACGAAUCCAUGCGUUCUCCAUGUUAGCGGAACGAGAGAGGAGAAUACGAGAAGCGGAGGAAAGUGGAAGAAGACAAGUUGAAGAAAGACGUAGGAGAGAACAGGAUGAAAUAUUUAAACAGGUUAUUAAAGUACACCAGAAUUCUGUGGAUACGUAUCUAGAGAAUAUAAUCAUGGGCUCGAUAGAUUCUACAGCCGAUAUUCAAGCACGUCGUGAAGUACAGGAACUAGCAGUCAAGAUCAACGAUGUCGCUUACGAAGUUGAAGACAAACGUACUCAGUUAGAAUCACAAGAGAUUGUAGCAGAUUUGGUUCAUUGUUUCCUUCUACCUGAAGUACAGAAAAACACCAUGAGAGAAAAAGUUAAAAAUGGUCAAAGAAAAUAUUUACUGGCUGCUCAUAAAGAAAUCCACAAAACGGGUGAAGGACUGAUUGAUAUGAAUGCUCGUACUGACGUUAAUGCUACCACAGAUAGUAAAGAUACAUCCGGAUCAUCCAGUACAACAGAUAAACCCAGCACAUCAUAGACUUGUUCAUCAUGUAACAAUUAAUAAAUAUACAUCAAAUCUCUGAAGUGAAGUGUGUCGUCAAAAAACUUACGAAAGAAAUUGUGAUACAUCAAGAAAAACACAGUAAAAUCUGUUUUCUCUGUUAUUCUCUAGACAGGGGUUAAUCAGCUAGACAGGGGUUAAAUUUGAAACCUUUCUAGUAUUAUUAACCUUGUUAUUAUGGUCAUUUAAAGUCUCUGUAUCGAGACGUUGCACAUUAUUAAGUCUACUUUAAUAUCAGUUUAAGAAACCAUGUUAUAAUUUAUUAUUGUGCAACGUCAUUGUAUUGUAGAUUUUCAUUGGCUAGCACACAUCCAUGGCAUCCAAUCAGCUGUUAAAACAAAAAUAAAAGGGAUCAGUUAUGGGAAUUCAAUUUGCCCCUGUAUAUGGAAGAAGUUCAAACUAAAUCUUGUAAUAAUAUUAUUGUGAACAUCAUUAUUAUAAAAUUACAGUGUUUGUGUAAGAUUAUAAAGAAUGUACUGAAUUGUAUAUAGAAUAUGUAAAUCUUGGUUAUAUAUAUAUAUAUAUAUAUAUAGAUCUGUAUUAAUAUAAUAUUGGAGAAUUUCUUCGCUCGUAAUUUAAUCAAUAAGAACAUUUACAUGUAGUUUUAAUUUUUUUAACAGCCCAAUUUGUUGUUAGUUUCAAACUAAAACAUUUGUUUUAAAAAUAAGCCAGCCCAAUUUUUAUGUAUUAUAAUAUGAAAACUGUAAUUUCGUGGUGUAUUUUAUUGGUUCAAACACAGCCAAAUUAAAACAUGCUGAGGGCUACCGGUAUUGCUAUGGGGGGCUGUUACUAUGGGGAUAUUCAUCAACUUUUAUUAGAGAAUAAGGCUAUUGUUUAGAUUAAGUAUAGUACUUAAGAAAAAAAAAGUAGCCAUUAUAGGAGAUCAAUUCAAUAGGGUUUCCCCAGUAGCCCUUUCAGACAGUAAAUCCUAAAGUUUGGCCUCUGUUUUUCUACAUUUGUAAAUUUGUUUUUAUUUUAUAUAAUAUUUAUAUUUGUUUUUGUAUAAUGAUAAUUUAUUGGAAAUGUAAAAUCAAACUGUGAUAAUUUAUUUUAAAAGCCGUCCUAGCAUUAAAUAAUUAGUAGAUGAACCUGUAAACAAUUGUGUUGAGA